AUGAAAAUAUAUGACGUAGCAGUUCAAGACGUUGGGGUCCACACAGGUGAAAUGCCAAUUUAAAUUGUUUUGGGACGUUUAGAGUAGAUAAAUCCUGUACCUAACUUUUUCAAAACAUAAAAAAUAAAAAUGAUGUAAACUGAAAUAUAUUCAUGAAGUUUUCAGAAAGAAAAUGGUCCUGGCCGACCAAAACGCUGCUUUUUUCGUCGCUUACGACAUUUCUGGCCGGUGGCUUCCAUUUUGGCUUCCAGAUCUCAGCGAUCAAUCCUCUAGCUGAUGUUCUACAAAGCUUUCUUCUGCAAAAUUUUCAAGAGUUAGUGAGAAGUUGGAAUGAGUUUUACUUUUAGCUUGUGAAGCAACUAAUCAGUGAGCUGUUUUCAUAUAAAAUUGAGCUGAAAAUUUUUUUGAUAGUGUGACAUUUUCUGUAUAUGUGAUAUACAAUAGCAAGAUUUCAAGAAUUGGAUUGCAGAAGAUACUCUUUAUGGCUUUCUAAAUCCGAUUUGACUUUUGUGUGGUCGUCCGUCGCCGGAAGCUUGUUUAUAGGUGCCGCCUUGGGCGCAGUUUUCAUGAUUUGGCUGAUCAGGAAGAUUGGUCCACGCAAGUCUUUGCUAUUUUCUGCCAUAGUAGGGACUUUUUCUAGAGGUAUAACAUGAAAAUUUUCGUCCAAGGUUCUUCUGAUUGCAUCUCCACUUGCCGGCGUUUCCUACUACGUGCAAAUGGCGGAAGUGUUCAUUCUGGCGAGGAUGCUCGCUGGUAUCGGAAUCGGUAUGGGAACUACGGCUCAAGGCGUUUUUCUGACUGAAAUAAGUCCAGGUGAGAAAUCGGCUAGAGUUGACCUUCUUCUGAAUUACAAAAGAAAGUUAUGAAUUAAGUUUCAUUACGCGGAUGGACUGGUGCAUUAGGUGGAUUGAUGGGAAAUUUUGGAUUUUUCUGUGGGGCCGCUCUCGGACUUUCACACUUUUUUGGCACUUCCCAGCUUUGGCCCUGCGUUUUCUUCCUUGAAGCUUUGCCGGCGCUUGUGAGAGUUGUAAUUAAUCAGAUGAAAUUAACGAAAAAGUUCAGCUCCACAUCGUGUUAAACGUCACAACCUUCCAUGAAAGCCCCAAGUUUCUUCUUGAAAAAGGAGACUGCAAGCGAGCUCAAGCUUCUCUGCAGGCGUAUGGAAGCAGCGACGCCGAAAAAGAAUUGGAGCGUUUAAGUUUCGAACUGAAGACAAGGCCGAGUUGCUCGGACUUUGUUAGUUUUCUCAGAGACAAGGCUUCAACAAGAGCGCUCUCCCUAUCUGUCGCGCUAAACGUAGCCGUUGCCUUCAGGCGAGAGCGAAUUAGAAAAAGAAAACAAGAACGUUGAGUUUAGCGGCAUCAUGGCCAUGUCGUUCUUCGGGACAUUUCUUCUGCAAGAGAUUGGGUUCUCGGAAAGCGCCGCUUCCUUGGCCAACUGCUUAUCCGUCCUAUCUGGGACCUCAGCUGCUUUGUUAGCAACUUUCGCCUUUGAGGCAGUAGGACUUGAAGUUGUUUGAGUUGAACCAAACUACUAAUGAAACAGGUUGGAAGACGGAAAAUGGUGAUUAUCUCGUUGCUUUUGCUGACUCUGAUAAAUGCCACGAUGAUGCUGUUGGUCUUCCUUUUCGAAUCUACAAAACAGGCGUCUCUCGGAUGGCCUUUCCUUGCACUGUUCAUCGUGUUUCUAUUUGUAUUCAGGUUGUUGACCUCAACUCUUAUCUAAGUUUGAUUUUCAGUGUGGGGUUAGGUCCAGCGGCGCUGUUUCUCGGGGCCGAGCUGGCUCCUAGUGGCACAACGGCCACAGUACAGGCGAUCAGUGUCGGAUCGCAGUGAGUUUUUUAAUUUAUUUCGAAAAGGAUUUUUGGGAUUUAUUUCUUCUGUCUGCAGAAAUUGGACAAAAAUUCAUAUACAAAAAAUGUCAGUAAUUUUCGGGUGCAAAUAAACUGAAUGCAUUUACCGUUCAACUAAUGAAUCAAAGUUUGUUUUUUUUUUAUGUUCUGAUUAGAAAAACUAUUAGAAGCCUUUGACGGAUUAACCAAGUUUGAUGAAAAAAAAAAUGAAGAAUUUUACAUCAAGUUUGUCUAAAAACUCUUAAAAACAGGUGUUCAUUAAAGCUGCAAGGAUAACAGAACGUAUUUAGAUAUGUGGCGUGCUUCAUUUCGCCCAUCUUGUACCUUCCCUUAAAUGCCUCCGUAGGACCUCUAGCUUUCAUGGUUUUCAUCGUUCCGCUCUCGCUGACCGCAGUCUACAUUUACUGGUUCGCUCUCCCUUGGUAAUGGUGAAGAUAGAUUUGAUCCAGCUGUUUACCUGAGACCCGAGGCAAAAGCACACAAGAAAUCACAGAGGAACUGCGGCAGUGA